UUAAAUUAAUAUAUUUUGUUUUGCUAAAAACACAACUGUUUUUUAAUCUACUAUAUAUUCUAUAAAAUAUGUUUUGCAUUUUUUUUAAAUAAUUCAAUCAAGAGAAACUCAAAAGUUUUAUUACAUAAACGUGAAUUCAUAUAUUGAGAGGUCAUCGAAAAAAAAAACUUUACAUCAUGGACAAGCACUUGAAAAUAUUUAACUUGAUGGACCAUCGAGCGCCAAAGCAAGGAGCACAAGAUUUUCGUACCAGAACUUACUUGGCUCACCGCUAUAUGACAAUUGAUAAGAAAGCCGAACUGAAGAAUACUUUUGAUAAAAGUUUUCUUGAAGAUCGUCUCGUAUUGAAAGCCCGUACAACUGAGUACAAGGAUCAAUAUGAACCAUUGACACAGGAAGAUCUAGGCAAAGCAACUAAUCCUAAACUGCAGAUGAAGCAGCAGUAUAUGAAGCCAUUCGAGGAUGUUCAGUUCAGUGUUAUACCACGCCCAAUGUUUCCACCCAACAGCCUUUCACACGAGGAUUAUACUUGGAAUCCUGAUCCACCAGAACCACCACGCCACACACUAGAUAUGACCACAAGAAUCAAAACAACGCCGAUAAUGUUCAACAGUAGUGAUCGUGGACCUGCAAAGUACUUGGAUGCUGGUGCCACCACAUACAAAAUUUCAUAUGUGCAUCGUACUCCACAGCAGAUACUAUCUGGUUACGGUGCACAUGAUAAUAUAACCUUUUGGAAUUGGAAAAAAUUCAAAUUUUCUGCACCUCCUGUACCAAAAGUUAAAGCUAAGGAUACGACAUUUGAGCCCGUAAAGCUUCCAAAGUUUGUACCUAAUUACAGCUUACGAACUGAAAUGCGUGACAACUACACAAGUCAAGUAUUGCUAAAAACUGAGAUUCCUGUUCGAAAUCCAAAACGAUAUGAUAUCUUCGUAAAGAUGCCGUCGGAAUACAAACCUGAAAGCACAAUGAUAGGUUCUGGCGAACGAACAGUAAAAUAUGUUUAAAAUAUACAAAAGUAGUUGUAUUACUUCAUACAGUUUGUUAAACAUAUAAUUACCAUCUCUCGAUUAUUCAGAAACCUUUAAUUCGAAUAAUGAUUUAAGAACUACAA